CAGGCAUGCAAGGCAAGCGCUCUACCACUGAGCCACCUUCCCAGCCCCUGGAGCUCAUUUCUAUAACUACUGUUUUAUGUGAUCAGAGGCACGGACGCCUUGCACCUUUGUGAGCCUCCCCUAACGUUUUUGAAGUCUCAUUCUACCAGGCUCCAACAUCCAUACCAUGUUCAUUUCACCAUGUUCUCUUUCCAUGUUCCUUCCUGAGCAGAGCUGAAGAUGUGGAACAGAGACACGUGUAGAAGUCUUUCAAGAAUCGAAGUUAACAUCUCAAGGCCCCUCCGGGACCCUGUGAGCCAGAAGUGAGUCAGCACUCUCCAGUACGGCUGUGCCAUGGACCCUGAGGUCAGCAAUGCUGCAGGCUUCGGGAGUGAGCGCAUCACAAGCCUUCUGGUGUUUGGCUUCCUCCAAAGCUCCUCGGAUAAGUUCCGGCAGGAGCUUGACACGUUGGGCCAUGAGCUGUUUGACGGGGCUUCCCCGCAGCCGUUCUGUGCUGACGACGAGCUGCAGACGGACGGCCUCCGGGUCAGCCGCUCCUACGGGAGAAUAGAGGCAGAUUCUGAAAGUCAGGAUGAAGUCAUCCGGAGCAUCGCCAGGCACCUGGCCCAAGCCGGGGACGAGAUGGAGCACCGCAUCCGCAUCCACCCGGGGCUGGUGAGCAGUCUGGCCUCGAAGUUCAGGGACCGGAGCCUGAGGGAGGAGGACAGAAGGAGCUGCCUGGCUUCUGCCCUGAAGGAGGUGGGCCAGGCCUACCCAAAAGACAUGGAGACGGAGAAGGCCACCCUCAUAAUGGCAAUGCUGUUGGCCAGAAAAGUGGUCACCCUCACACCAUCCUUGUGCCGUGAUGUCUUCUGCACAACAGUGAACUUUAUUAACCAGAACCUCCUCAUCUACGUGAGGAACUUAGUCCGAAAUGAGGUAGACUGACGGCAUCCCACAGAAGCAGGACUGGCUGAAACUGCACAGAGACAGAGCACAGCUACUGCCAUCGGAGGAACAGCUGUGGCCACGUCACCGGACAGCCCGAGAGGACAAGCCCUGGACAGGAGUCACUGCCCUGGCUGUCAGGCUGAUGUUUUGGGCUGGCGACCCAUUUAGCCAUUUCUGCACUGUGAUGCUCACAGUAACAGCUGGCGGGGCCCGCGCCGAGACAGUGCCCAGAUCUACAGCCUUGUGCCUUCUCAGCUGCACAGGUUCUCGCUGGAGAAUUAAAUGAGAAAGCAGGCUGUAAGGCAGAGGGAAAAAAGCCACAAUUUUUGUUUAAAAAAGUUACUGUUUAAUCAUUAAAGUACAAUGGGGCACGGUCUUAGAGCAGUCACCUGUCUGGGGAGGGCAGGGCUUGGAGAAGUGCUGGACCCUACAGGUGAAGAAUUCCGCUCAGUAGGGAACCUCCUCAUCCCCGAGGUAAAACCCACGGGGCACAGAGGUUCAGAUCACGGGGACUGACCCCACACAGGGGCCUAGCUGUUUCACUUGCCUUUGGAGCGGGUUAAAGGUGCAGGUGAGGCCAGGCCGUGUCAGCCACAGCUCCACGGGGGUGGCCAAGCACGUGUUUUCUCUUCAAGGCGUUCAUAAAAAUUCUAAGCCGAUGGAGAGCCAGAAGCUACUGCGGAUGUCCUAUAUUAGCCUUUUCUUUUCGAUUGUACCUCACGCCUGGAAGCUAAAUUGGGAAGGUACAAAGGUGAAAGCGCAGUUCAGCAGCUGAGGCUGGCUGCAGCCGGGUGGUAGAUAUAGCCGCCCCACGUGUGCAACAUGCCCGGAGUCCUGUCAGCAGCAGCUGAAGAGGGCACACAGGCGGAGGCGGCCACAGCCAACUCACUUCAGAGAGGACCAAGGUAACAAGGGAAGGCGUCCGGCCAGAGACACCCACUGGCCUCUGUCCCCAUUGGAAGUUAGAACUCAGGCCACGCGUCACUUCUGACAGCGGUGAUUUGGGGGGGGGGGGGGGGGCGGGGAGCAGGUGAGGAGUAAUGAAGUACUAAGAAACAACAACUGUUACCAAGCCCGGUCUCUGCUCAAGAGCAUAAAUUCA